AUGAGUGAAGUCAAAUCAAAUCGCAAUCGCUCAAUCCUUCCUCAUAUUAUCAACUUCAAUAUUCCUUUUCUCGUGCUCGAAAUUCCGGAGAUCACGGCGAUCAUUUUGAUCCAAAAGCCAUUAAAUCCAAGCGCAUUUAGACGUUCUAGCCCCGAGUCUCUAGGACGAAACCCUCAAAUUAUCUUCAGGGCCUUCUGGAUCUUGCAAAAGUUGAUUGGGCUCCGAUUUCAUUCUAGGAGUAAUCUCCAGUAUUUUCACAGCAUUUCCGAACAUAAGCACCAAUCUUUACUGCAUCACCCCCUAGCAGCUUGUAUCUUUUGGCGCAAGUAG